AUGAAUUUACAAAACUCAGGAUUUAGUUUUUUUUUUUCUGAUAAGAAGAAAAAUAGAAGCACAUUAUUUUCUUUUUCAUUCCAUACAAUAUAUAUAUCGAUAUGUAUUAUAAUUGUUAUAUACGUAUCAUUUAUGGAUGUACAUGUGAAUGAUGGAAAUAUUAUCUCAGAUUCCGUAUCCGUUUCAUUAGUUGAAAGAAAUUUAUCUGAAUAUUAUAUUGGUAAAUAUGGAGAAAUGAGAAAUUAUUAUAUUGAACCGAGUGGAGUAUAUAAUCAACAUUAUUCAGGAAGACAUACGAAUAACAUAUACUAUGAUGCAUUAGAUGAAGAUUUGAUACAAAGUGAAGAAGAUUCUAAUGAUUCAGAAGAAGAAUCAGAAAAUGAAUCAGAUGAGCAAUCAGAAAAUGAAUCCGAAGAAGAAUCUGAAGAAGAAUCAGAGGAAGAAUCAGAAAUUGAAACAGAAAAUGAAUCUGAAGAAGAAUCAGAUAAUGAACCAGUUAAAAAAAAUAUCAAAAAAAACAAACAGGUUAAAAAAAACGGAAACAUUGAUAGUAUUGAAAAAACAUUAAAUAAUACAUAUACAAAUAAAAAUAAUGUAAAUGAUUCAAAUAAUAAUUUUAAGGCACCUUUAAAAAAUUUAAAUUACAAUGAUAUUACAAGACAACUAAAUGAACAUGAAAUAACUGAAGUUAUUAAAGGAUUAAAAGACACUACACCACGUAAAGAUUUAAUUAAUGUAUGGAUUCAAACCUUGGGUGUAUGUAAAUUAGGAUGGCAUAAUAUAAUAAAUACUUUAAAAGAUUAUGAAGAAGAGUGUUUGUCUAAAUACAAAAAGAUUAUAUCACCACAUUAUGGUGGAACACAGAGAGAAAAAUAUCCUCAAGAAUAUUGGAAAGAAUGCUUGUAUAAUAUUGAAUUUAAAUUAUUAAAUAUAUCAUAUGAAUAUAAUAAAAAGUUUUAUGGAUUGCUAAAUAGAAAUGCUAAAGAUGAUAAAAUAAAAAUAUUCUUAUUUUCAUGUUUAAAAAAAUUUGACAAUUUAAAAAAAAAAUUAUGUGAAGAGUACAAAAAUGAAUUAUAUAAAAAUAUUAUGAAAGUACCUUGA